CUCUUCCUUUGGUCUCCAAACUCUCUCUCUCUCUCUCUCUCUCUCUCCCUCCCUCCCUCCAUAUCCCUCUUUUACAGUUGAAACUUCAAACGUACCCCCAAGACCAGGUGCUUUGUUCAUCACCGUUCCUCUUCCUUCUCUCGCUCUCUCUCUCCCCUAAUUUGUGAAUUCAUUAAAUUCAGCAGAUUAGGCCACAGUUCGCCAAAAUUCACGAUUGAGGAGUUGUAACUGAUAAUCGAGUCUAAGGCCUAAAAGCAUUGAAGACCGAGGAGAUUUUACAAAUGCUAAAUUUUAGCAGGGCAAGAACUCAGCCACGGUCAACAAGGGCUAUGUCUUUAGGAGGUAUAGAUUAUGUAGACCCAAAGAAGAAGAGCAAUUUUGUAGGAAAAAUUCUUUUGGCUGCUGCCCUUACAGCAUUAUGUAUUCUUAUGCUCAAACAAUCCCCAAGAUUCAACAGCCCAAGCCCAUUCUCCCAUCAUGAAAUAGGAGUUACUCAUGUCUUAGUAACUGGAGGUGCUGGAUAUAUUGGUUCACAUGCUACACUCCGACUUCUCAAGGACUCGUAUCGUGUAACUAUAGUGGACAAUCUAUCUCGGGGAAACCUAGGCGCUGUCAAGGUUCUACAAGAACUAUUUCCAGAACCUGGGAGGCUUCAGUUUAUUUAUGCUGACUUAGGGGAUGCAAAAGUGGUGAAUAAAAUAUUUUCAGAAAAUGCAUUUGAUGCUGUGAUGCAUUUUGCAGCUGUUGCAUAUGUUGGAGAAAGCACCCUUGAUCCUCUGAAAUACUAUCACAACAUUACAUCAAAUACCUUGGUAGUUUUAGAGGCAAUGGCAGCACAUGGUGUAAAGACAUUCAUAUAUUCUAGUACAUGUGCGACAUAUGGAGAACCUGAAAAGAUGCCAAUUACAGAAGUAACUCCACAGUUCCCCAUUAACCCAUAUGGAAAAGCCAAGAAGAUGGCUGAAGAUAUUAUUCUUGAUUUUCAUAAGAACUCAGAUAUGGCGAUCAUGAUCUUAAGAUACUUCAAUGUGAUUGGUUCAGAUCCAGAAGGCAGAUUAGGAGAAGCUCCCAGACCGGAAUUGCGAGUGCAUGGACGGAUAUCAGGUGCUUGCUUUGAUGCUGCUCGUGGCAUUAUUCCUGGGCUCAAGGUUACAGGAGCCGACUAUAAAACUGCAGAUGGAACUUGUGUACGGGACUACAUCGAUGUCACCGAUCUGGUUGAUGCUCACGUGAAAGCCCUAGAGAAGGCAACACCCAGUAAAGUCGGAAUUUAUAACGUUGGAACAGGAAGAGGUAGAUCAGUCAAGGAGUUUGUGGAGGCUUGUAAGAAGGCCACAGGGGUGAAUAUCAAAGUUGACCUCCUACCGCGCCGGCCAGGCGACUAUGCUGAAGUGUUCAGUGACCCGACAAAGAUCAAGCUUGAGUUGAACUGGACAGCCCAACACACCGAUCUUCAAGAGAGUUUGCGGAUUGCCUGGAGAUGGCAAAAGGAGCAUUAUAAUGGGUAUGGAACGCCUCUAGCGAUGCCUUCUUAGUAAUAUAUAUAUUUUUUUGUGUGGCUUUCGUAGUGGAAGAGUUAACGCGAAACAAAGCAGAACUCA